AUGGCUGAGCCCAUGUCAAACGCAUUGGCUUGCAUUGGAGCUUAUGCAAGUCCUACCGGCAUAAAUUCUCAAUCUGUUGACUGCAUGAUUAACCAGGAGCGGGACAAGUUGAUACAGUAUUUUUACGCUGACACUGACGCCCCCGAGCCCUGUCUGGCUGCUCUGCAUGCUGCCUGUAUCUAUCAAAUUCUCGGCCUUUUUGGUGACAGCUUCCUUCCCGCUGCUAUCAAUCAACCAUUCCGCAACGGGGAUUACGAGAACUCACGCGAACAAUAUGAGAAGACAGCCAAUCUCCAUAGUUCACUUCUCUUGAAGAUGACCCGGCGACUAUCCACCAUCCACGCGGAGACCCUCCACAUCCACCACGAGGAUGAAAACGACUGGGGCCAAUGGAAGUUUAUGGAAUCCUUCCGCCGGAAUUUCUUCUUUGUCCACAUAAUCAACGUUUUGGAAUCAAAGUUAGGAAAGCUUGAUGGGUAUUACUUUGAGCCACUCGGAGACAGCCUUAUUCUUAGCAUCCCACUCCCAGCCCCGGAGCGCAUGUGGCGCUCAUGCAGUUCUGAGGAAUGGUUCUUUGCUCGCGCGCAGACAUUGGGGCCCCCGAGCCCUUCUGGAUCCCCGGAAACUCAUCAGAGCUAUAACCCAAGAACACUUGGCCAGCUCCUAGAGGCAGUCGCAAAAGGUCAAGUAGACCUGGCUUCGUUGCUGCCCCUGACACGCAUGCUGCUGGCAUGUGCUAUGAUCUGCCCGCCUAACCCUGUGUUGUAG